CUGCCCCACUCUUGCUGUUAAGAUAUAAACCUCAUCCCACCGUUGUCCACCCCGUUAACAAGCUUACAAGCAAGAGACUAGCUAUCAGCGCUAUAUUGGUAGCUGCUGCUUUGAGGUCUCGUUUCCUUUGCUCGAAAAAUUGGUCCCCCAGAUAGCAACUCCUGGGCUUGGGGGAUCUGCCAUGGCUACAAACGGCCUUUCUGUUUCCGAUGCGGUCGCUCUGGCGCAGCAGCUAGCAGCGACGUCCUUGAGUGAUACAUUACCUGAAAAUCCAGAGGAUCAUGUAUCUUUCUUUGGAGAGGAGGUUAUUGGAGCAGUUGACGCAAACCUAUGUUUGAGAGACCUUUAUUUGAACGCAACAGCAGAAAACAUGACAAAGAUCAUAAACCAGCUGGAAGAUCGAUUGCGCACUGGCCAAGGAGAAACGCUGUUCGAGAUAGGUCUUGAAGAGGACGGAGGAUCUAUGAAUUUGACACAGAGUGAAUUUGAUAUGUGCUUAGAAACUAUUCGACGCGCUGCCGACAAGCUCAACGCCGACGUGACAGUGAUACAUCAGCGGAACACGGUAGUAUUAACAUCCUCUGGGAAAAGCGCGCAAGAAGAAGGGAGGAGCAAUGCGGACGCUUCCAAGGACUACUUCUACGCCCAUGCUCUGAUUAGACGGCGACCUGGCAAGGUGGAGGACAUGACAGAACUGCGUAUUUGCGUGGUUGGAAAUGUCGAUGCUGGAAAAUCAACUUUGUUGGGUGUCUUGACUAAAGACAUGCUGGAUGACGGUCGCGGAAGAGCUCGCGUCAAUCUCUUUCAGCACAAACAUGAGAUUGAGAGUGGGAGAACUAGCUCUGUUGGGAUGGAAAUCAUGGGGUUUGAUUCCAAAGGGAAUGUAAUCACUCCCUCAAUGCUCGGCAAGGCUAAGCUGACCUGGGAUGACAUCUGCUUGCAUUCGCCUAAGGUGUUGACUUUCAUGGACUUGGCUGGUCACGAAAAGUACUUGAAAACGACCGUAUUUGGGAUGACGGGAACCAGUCCAGACUUUGCUAUGCUCAUGAUUGGUUCAAAUGCUGGGAUAAUUGGAAUGACGAAAGAGCAUCUCGGUUUAGCAUUGGCCCUCAACGUGCCGGUGUUCAUCGUCAUAACCAAAAUCGACAUGUGUCCGAGUAACGUACUGGAGAGCACUAUUAGCCAGCUUACUAAAAUACUGAAGAGUUCUGGGUGCCGUAAGAUUCCCAUGUUCAUCAACACGGUCGGCGAUGUGCUGGUUACCGCGGGUAAUUUCGUCAGCGAACGAAUUUGCCCCAUUUUCCAAGUAUCCAACGUCACUGGCCAAGGCUUGGAUUUGUUGAAGCUCUUCCUGAAUGUCAUCCAUGCAAACGGUAUUGGAAAGUAUAACCCAGACCAGCCGGUCGAGUAUCAGAUCACGGAUACAUUCAGCGUGCCCGGUGUUGGUACUGUCGUCAGUGGAACUGUCAUUAACGGCAUCGUGCAUGUUGGAGACCAGUUGCUCUUGGGACCCGAUGCGAACGGACAUUUCAUGUCGACAAUGGUGAAGUCAAUACACAGGAAGCGCGUCAAUGUUCCUGUUGCAUUAGCAGGACACAGCGCUUCCUUCGCCUUGAAGAAAGUCAAACGUGCGGGUAUUCGGAAGGGCAUGGUGAUGCUGAGCAAAAAUGCCGCUGCGAAGGCCGUUUACGAAUUUGAGGCGGAAAUUCUUGUUUUGUAUCACAGUACUACUAUCUCGCAGAAGUAUCAGGCGAUGUUGCAUUGUGGAUGUGUUAGACAAACGGCAAAGAUUAUUGGAAUGGACAAGCAAGUAUUACGAACCGGCGACCGUGCGUUUGUGCGAUUUCGAUUCAUUCAGCACCCUGAAUAUCUCAAGGAGGGAACGCGAUUACUGUUCCGUGAAGGUCGAACGAAAGGAGUUGGAAAGGUCGUCCGAUUAUUCACUGAAGCCGAAGCUCUUAAGCCCAAUCCACACCCGCAGGAGGACGUCAACACUGCCCGGAAGAAACCUCCAAAUAACCCACCAUCAGGAUCCUCUCCAUUAGCAAUUGAAAAGAAGACAUCUCGACGACAUCAUCAUCACGGUGGGGGUCAUGGAACCACUAAGGCAGAUACCGGCCAUCACAGAACGGGAGGAGGGGCCAGCGUCGCAGUAAAGACGUAACGUCCCUAAUGCUCUUCCGCGGUAUUGUACGAUAGUGCCGUACCACACACGAGGUCGCCGUUCUCGCAUUUCUCUGCUGUGGAAAAGAUGUUUUUACUGUAAAUGCUUUCAUUGUUUUGUGGAUGGGUUCAUGAGGAGUAUAUAUUUCAUUUAAUGAGCCAAAGGCAUUUUAAUGAGCCAAAGGCAAUAAGGCAAUUAGUCUUUCGAGGAGCAUUGUGCACCAUAGGAAAAUUUAAAAAUUACAAGACUUUCGUAAAUAAUCUUGUC